AUGGCCAUAACACUCGAGGCUCUUUUGGAGGUGCUCAAUGCAGUCGAGCAGCCUGAUAGAGGCGAGGUGCAACAGCAGGCCGAGCAGCAGCUCAAAAUCUGGGAGGCCGAGCGUGGGUAUCACUAUCUUUUGCAGGAUAUUUACCUCAAAACAGAGUUGCCGCUCAGCAUCAGGUGGGUUGCGAUCAUCUGCUUCAAAAAUGGCGUGGAAAAGUAUUGGCGCACAUCGCGGACCAAUGCCAUCAGCAAAGACGAGAAGGCGCAAAUCCGGAACAGGGUCUUUGAUCUUCUCGACGAGAAAAACCCGCAGUUGGCCAUCCAAAAUGCACAUGCAGUGGCACGUAUAGUCAGAUUUGACAUUCCCUCAGAGUGGCCCGAUUUGUUUGACCAUGUCAGCAAGACUCUAGAGACGUAUGUGUUUCUGAAGAACAACUUGAUUGCGUCCAACAACCUCUUGGUGAUUCUUAACCAGGUCGUCAAGGCGGUGGCGAUGGUGCGUAUUGGCAGAGCCCGUCAUGCUUUUCAGAGCAAGGCGCCUCUUCUUUUGCCUGUCUUGGUGAAACUGUACUUGAAGCUUUUUCACUUGUGGACUUCUACGCUGGACUUAAGCGUGAUGGAAGUCUGCUACAUGUGCUUGAAAGUCCUUCGGCGCGUGAUCCCCGAAGGUUUCGAGCAGCCACAUAAAAACCAGGAUAUUGCUGAGUUUCUCAAGAUCUCAAUUGGCCAUUUACAGGGCUUGGUGAUGGAGCACGAGAAGUACUCCUCUGACCUUCUCGAGAAAUUCGUGAAACUGUACAGCAAACUCUAUGUCAACCUCAUCAACUCCAACCCCACAGGAUUUGUUCUCAUGCCUUGCGCACAGGAGAUCAUUUCGACGUUCAUGUCGUUGCUUCAAAACAAAGCUGAAACAAUCUAUGCGAGCUCCGAGGAAAAUGAUUUUUGGGCUGCAUUGGCACUCAAAGGCUUCUUGAUCUUGAAAAAAAUAGUGGCUUACGUGUACAAACAGGGCGCCGUCACGCUUAAGCAGCGCAAUGAUAAGGAAGAGGUUAACCACGCAAUCGCGCUUUUGAAGACGCAGCUAUUUACACCGCAGGUAAUCAUCGAACUUUGCGACUUGAUAAUCAAUUGGUACUUGCGUCUCAAACCUGCGGAUUUGGAGUCAUGGCUUCUUGAGCCUGAAGAGUGGACGAACGAGGAAUUGGGCUCCUCCUGGGAAUUUCAAGUGAGACACUGUGCAGAGAAUUUCUACCAGGAUCUCAUCAUGUACCUCAAUGAAGACCUUUCAGGUUACAUAUUGAACAAGAUCUCCAGUGGCUUGGCCAAUAACGAGUCUUUGGAAAAUAUUUUGAUCAAGGAUUCCACCCUCUGCACAUUCCAGUUGUCUGCCGACUCAAUCGCCGAUAAAGUGAGUUUUGAUCAGUUACUUACGCAAGUCUUUAUCCCCGAGGGCUUGCGUAAUGACCACGUGGAAAACAAGAUCAUUAAACGAAGAGUCUGCCUAAUAAUCAGCACUUGGGUUGUCGUCAAUUGUUCUAGACAAAGCCGAGUGGAGAUUUAUAAACUCUUGCUCAAUUUCAUGGAUGUAAACAACAAAAUCAACGACAAGGUUGUCAAGCUCACGGCAACUCAAAGUCUCAGAGUUGUGAUUAAUGACUGGGACUUUGCCAAGCAGGAUUUCCAGCCAUUCCUCAAGGACUUCGUUUCGCUGUUGAUUGCAAUGUUGGGCGAUCUCUCUUUCACAGAGUCCAAGCUUUACAUCUUGGACACUCUUGCUGCAUUAUUGGAAAGAUGCAACCCGUUGGUUGAUCAAGCAACGCUUGUUAAUAUUUUGCAAAUCGUGCCUGGGUACUGGGAGAAUUCUGGCGCAGAGAACAACGACGAGUCUAUACUCAAAACUUCUUUACUCAGGGUGUUGAAGAAUUUGGUCAUUUCGUUGAACCAAAACUCGACAGAGACACAUUUUAUCACGAUUCCAUUAAUCAAGAGUUGUUGCACUCAGUCGUCUGAAUACUACUACCUCUUGUCUGAGGACGGCUACGACCUAUGGUUGUCGAUUCUUCAGUAUUACCCCUCCGGAGCUGACAUCAAACCUGAGUUGAUCGAUUUCUUCGGCCUUGUACACCCGGCGCUCGUUGAUUCGACCGAAAUUUUGACCACUAUUUUGUCAAUCGCUAGAUCUUACGCUCUAUUGGCUCCAAAAACCUUUGAUUCUGAGUAUGGGGUUGAAAUUUUUCGCGUACUCUCAGGCUACAUCUCCACCAUGCGUGAUGACGCAUUCGAUGCUUUCAUCUCGAUGAUGGACAUCUUGUUUCUUCUGCAGAGCAAUGACGAUAUCUUUAUCAAUGGUCUUAUCAGUAGCGGUUUGAUGAACAGCAUGAUAGACUAUGUGUUCGAUGAAAAUCAAAGCAUUGUGCUUGCAAAUAAGAUAUUGGUUGUGGUGUCGAGAUUGGCUUGGAAAUCUCCCGCAGCCUUCUUUCAAAUCUGCAGUCAUUUAUCGCUUGAUGCUGCAAAGCUUAUGGAGAUUUGGGUCUCAUACUACAAGAACAACGGGAACCCACGCAACAAGAAGGUCAAUCUCUUGGCACUUGUAUCACUUCUUGCUUUCGCAGCUCCAAAAGAUUUGCAUGAUUUUGCCAAGCAUCUCGGAGAUACCUUCCGCAAGUGUUUUUUGUACUUAGAGGAAGUGAAGGAAGACGUAUCAGGAAAUAGCCAGGCUUAUAAGGGUGACUACAUCUAUAGUGAGGUCGACAACUACUCCUAUCUUGAUGCAGACAUCUUACCUCAUGGCGAGAAGAUCAGGUAUCUGAGCUUGCUUGAUAGCAAGGAUCCCGUUUAUACAGUGAACUUACGGGCAUUUUUGAAGGAAAAGAUUCUCGAGAUGAGGCAGGAGACAAACGACGAGACCUUCAACGGCAUGAUGUCAUUGAACGACCAGUACACCAAUGAGAAGCUUCAGGAGCUACUCUUCUAG